AGUCCUGACCAAGAAAAUACAGCAAGCAAUGGCCAGUCAGUUCAACUUGAAAUAUCACAGCCUGUUUUAUUUGUCCCUGUUUGGCACUGAAGUGCAAUCUCCUCCAAGCAUUUUGAACAAAAAAGAGAAUCUCUGGAUUUAUGGACCCUAACAGCCCAUGGACCCAAUUUACUGAUUGACACCAUGUACACAGCUCAGUUUCAUUAAAAAUAUUUUAAACAAACUAGAAAAACAAAAUAAAAGCAGAACUACAUUAAAAGUCCCUUCUUCCAUGUGACAAGUGACAAAGCUUGGAAAUUUUGGCCAUGCCAUCUGGGGGAUUCUGGGGAUGAUAGGUUGAAAAGGCAUUGGCGCAAAGCUCUAGCUAUAUAAAGGAAAGAGUAGAGAAAUGAAUGAAAUAAAGAAAGAAGAGAGAAACUAAUAAGCACCACUUGUAGUUUCAAAAUUAAACAAAUUAAUAAGCAAAAUGCCAUCGCAAAAUAGCCCCACAUUCUCCUUGGUUUCAUAAUGUUGGUUCUCUUGUCCUUCAUUUUAAUGUUGAUGUCAUAGACGGUGAAAUUGAGAUAAGAGUGUAUUGGUAUCCCACCGUGAAGGCAGAUUUCAGGAACUGUGUUUGCUCUUAAAAGGGGGGUGGCAAGGGGGGAUGCUGGAGUUCCUAGUCAUUAUGCUAAGCCUCUAAGCCUUGAUUGCCUCCUCCUCCCAAUUAGUUUGGCAAACAGCUUUACCAGCAGGGGUCAAGAAAGGCCUCUCUAUAUAAACCUGCCCAACUUUGCUUGCUCUCAGGGUACUUACUUCUCUUGCUUGCUAACUCCUUCAGCCUUCAGGAUCAUGGUGAUGAUGGGGAGCCAGCUUUGCCUUCUCCUUGCCUUCUUUUUCUGCUCUCUACCCACAACGCAGAGCCACCUCUGGGCAUGGUUGUAUUCAUUGCCUGAGUACAGCGCAGAGACACCUUCCAAAAAUGCUGGACUGCUAUCUAAUCUAGAGCUGAAGAUGACUACAUGUAGCCAUGAGAAAAAAUGCCCCGAAGGCUUCUUCUGUGACUACCAUUUUGGGCUCUGCUUCAACCUCAGGGAUGAAGGCGACUUCUGCCGCCAGGAUGCCCAUUGUGCUGAGGGACUCAUCUGCAUGUUUGGCAAAUGCCAAGAGAGGGUUCCUGAAGGCCAGGAAGGUGCCCGCUGCCAUCACGACAAAGACUGUGCUCCUGAGCACUGCUGCGCCCGCCAUCAUGGGGAGAUGGUUUGCAGGAAAAGACUACUUUUAGACCAAGGAUGCUACGUCCCAGAAGGAGGUGUUGCUUUCAGCAUGAACCAGGUCUGCCCCUGCUUAGAAGGACUGGUGUGCAAAAGGACACCCCUUAAACGAGAGGUCCCGUUCGAGUACCAGACAUACAAAAAUGAGUGGCGAUGCCAACAAAAAUAGGCAAAAGGAAGAUACAAAAUGUUUGAAAUUGCUGUAUUUAUUCCGUGUAAAUAACGCUGUACAUAGAUGCAUUCUGUUCUCUUCUGUUGAAUGUUUGCAAAAUAAAGGUGUUGGAACUGUGUAACC